AUGACUGAAGGAAAUAUCGCAAAGUGGAAUGUUAAGGAAGGGGAUUCAUUUUCGGCCGGUGAUGUCUUACUCGAGAUCGAAACGGACAAGGCUUCAAUGGAUGUGGAAGCCCAGGAUGAUGGUAUCAUGGCAAAGAUUACAAUGGGAGAUGGUAGUAAGGGAAUCAAAGUUGGCACAAGAAUUGGUGUUCUUGCCGAAUCCGGAGAUGAUUUGAGUUCAUUGGAAAUACCAGCUGAAGAUAGUGCUGCCCCUCCAUCACCAAAAGAAGAGGUUUCAAAGCCAGACCCGGCAAAGUCCUCGGAAUCACAAGCCGAAGCUCCUCCUACCUCGAAGCCUUCCGCGGAGACUGCUGCUCCCGCGAAGAAGUCUUCUGGAAAAGCAAAGAAACAAACAUAUCCUCUACUUCCUUCAGUCGAACAUUUGAUUCAUGAACGUGGAUUAAAUGCAUCUGAUAUUGAAAAGAUGAUUCCUAGUGGACCUAAUAAUCGCCUAUUGAAAGGAGAUGUCCUAGCAUAUUUGGGCUCAAUAUCUUCCUCAUACCCCACCGAACUUUCGCAAAAGAUUGCAAAACUCUCCCACCUCGACCUAAGCAAUAUCAAGAUUGCCCCUCCCAAAGCAACUAAACCUGCCAAGAAGGAUGCACCAGCACCAAAACCAAUCACAUUCCAUCGUGUAGCCCACACAAUCUCCAUGAAGGCAGCCUUAGAGGUUCAACAGAGGAUACAAUCCACACUUGGCGUACAUAUCCCUCUCUCAACAUUCAUCGAACGCGCAGCAGAUGUCGCCAAUGAUGACCUCCCCCGCCCAAAGAACUACACACCAACACCAGAUGAACUUUUCGAUUCUGUCCUCGGACUUGACAAAGUUAACCCAGUGAAUGGAGUUAGAGGGAACUUCAUACCUGAGAGUGGCGUCGCCCUUCGCCAAGUUAUCCAGGCUUCACAAUCAUCCAAACAGAACAACGACGUCGAUAUUUACGAUCUCUUAUCUGGCGUCAUGAAAAAGGCACCGCUCAAACGCUCGGUACCAAAGCCGGAGCCGGUUGAAGAAAACGAGUUUUGGGUAAAUAUCCCAGAAACUGAUAUGGAAACUGCAUCAGUUUUCAUGCAGAGAUUUAAGCUCGUCUUGGAGAAGGAGCCAGGGAGGUUGAUUCUGUAA